GAGCCGUGCCCCAGCCAGCGCCAGCGCCCCGGGCCCGCCUGCCGCCCCCGCGCAGCCCCGCGGCCCGGCCCGGCCCGGCGGGCUCCCGGGAUGGAGCGGCGCGGGGGCUGGCGGCAGGAUUCUGGAAGUAGUCUUUCUGGGCUAAGGGAAUGGAGACCAGUCGUUUACAGAAAGUGCACAGACAGUCUUUGGUUGCUCCUCUUCUUUCUCUUCUGGGCUGGCUUGAUGUUUAUAGCUGGCUAUGCUGUGAUGGCUGGUGCUGCAGAAAGACUUGUGCUUGGAUAUGACAGCUUCGGGAACUUAUGCGGUAAGAGGAACACUCCCGUAAAAGGAGCACCCCUUUCUGGACAGGACAUGACUAAUAAAAAGUAUGUGUUCUUUAUGAAUUCAUGCAGCUUGGAAAUGCAAAGCCUCAAAUUCAGUUCACUUUCCUUGUGUGUGUCUAGUUGUCCACAAGAGCAACUCAGCUCUUUGGAAGAUCUCCAGAGUUUUGCAAGGAAUAACGGUUCUUGCCUUUGUGUUUACAACUUGAAUGUUUCCAGCUACACACUAAAUCCAAAGGCAGCUGAGCUGUGUCCCACACUGCCAGUUCCACCAAGUAAAUCUUUUCCAUUAUUUAAUCGAUGUGUUCCACAAAAUCCCGAAUGCUAUUCCAAGUAUGCAUCUGUCUUAAUACGUACAGUUAAUGAAGUGGAUGUUUUCCACCGAAUUCUGAGUGGAAUAUUGGCAGGAAGAGAUACCAUGAUAGGACUGGCUGUCCUUGCACUAGCCUUCUCUCUUAUCCUGGUUUUAUCCUUCAGAUUCAUUCGGACACUUCUGGUCCAUACUUUGGUUGCACUGGUUGUAUUCGGAUUGUUAUUUGUCUCAGGUGUUCUCUGGUGGCUCUACUAUGACUACAGGAAUGAUCCCAGCACUGAGCUGGAAACAGAAAAGGAAAACGUAAAAUUCCUGCUUGGAUAUGCUGUCUUCUCCACAGUAUUUACCGUUGUUCUGCUUUGCCUUACACUUGUACAAAGACAGAGGUUUCGAUUCACUGUACAUCUCUUUCAAGUUGUUGGUAAAAUCAUUGACAGGAUUCCUUUCCUCCUGUUCCAACCACUCUGGACCUUCCUGAUUCUGAUUGUGUUCUGGGUAUUUUGGGUUGCUGUACUACUUAGCUUGGGAACUGCAGGUGCUGCACAGACUACUUCAGGAGGGCAAGUAGAAUACAGAGCUCUGUCUGGAAUUUGCUACAUGGCAUGGUACCAUUUCAUUGGCCUUAUCUGGACUAGUGAGUUCAUUCUUGCCUGUCAGCAAAUGACAAUUGCUGGGGCAGUGGUUACUUGUUACUUCAACAGAAACAAAAAUAACCCACCACCCCAUCCAAUCCUGUCAUCCAUAUCAGUUCUUUUUUGCUAUCAUCUGGGAACUGCUGUAAAAGGUUCAUUUUUAAUCACAAUACUGAGAAUACCAAGGAUUAUUCUCUUGUACCUUUAUAAUAUCCUGAACCAAAAGGAGAGUGCAAAGUGCCCGUCCAAGUGCUAUUUCUGCUGGUUUUGGUGUCAGGAGAGUUGCUUAAGAUACUUUAACCAGCAUGCAUACACAACUACAGCCAUAAAUGGGACAGAUUUUUGUACAUCAGCAAAGGAUGCUGCCUUUAUUUUGGCAAAGGAUUCUGCUAAACUUGCUUCCAUUAGCUGUUUUGGGGAUUUUGUCCUCUUUCUAGGAAAGGUGUUUGUUGUGUGCUUUACUGUUUUCGGAGGAUUGAUGGCAUUUAACUACCAUCGUGAAUUGCAAGCUUGGGUAGUUCCUCUGUUGCUGGUUGGAUUUUUUGCCUAUAUGAUGUCCCACAAUUUUCUGUCUGUGCUUGAAGUGACAGCAGAUACCAUGUUCCUUUGCUUUACUAUCGACAUGGAAACAAAUGAUGGAUCUACAGAGAAGCCAUACUUCAUGGACCAGGAGCUGCUGGCCUUUGUGAGUCAGAGUAACAAGUUAACAGAAGGGCAAAAACACAGAAGCACGAGACCUUUCCAGAACGGCGAAGAUGGGACAGAGCUCCAGCCUAUGACUUCCACGUGAUGUGCACCAGGAGCUAUGAAGGCAGAUGAGCAACAGCAAAAAGUCAUAGAAAAAAAGUACAAGUCACCAAUACUCCAGGACAAAGUAUGAAUUCUCUACAUCUCUGUUGUAUGUUCUGCACUGGUAAAACGACACACAAUCUGUUCCUAUGAAUGAUGUAUUUUGUGUGUCAGUACAUCUGAUUUUCUUUAUAAUGGUCUGAAAGUCAUUAAUAAACAAAUUCCUUGUAAAUGUC